CCGUCCAUCUCUUCGGGCAGGGAGCCAGACCCGGAGCACCCUCAACAAUUCUCGCUGUGCCCAGUCCGGGAUGCAGCUCCCCGCAGCUCCCCGUCGGGGAGGAGGGUGAAGCGCCCCGGGAGGAGCCCCGAGCUCUCCCGGCAGGACCGGCCCCGGUCCCGCUCCCGCCGCGCUCGCGGGAGGUCGCAGCUGCCGCCGGGGCCCUCGCGGCGCUCCCGGAGGGGCCCCGCACCCGGCUCGGGCUAAUAAAGUCAAACCGUAGAGCAUCGCCGCGGCCCCGCAGCCCGCCCGCCCUUUUGGGCUCUCCCGACCCUCGGGGCUCGCUCGGCGCGGCCCGGGGCGCUCCGCGGCAGGACUCCCAGGCCCGGGGCAGGGGACCCGGGGCGGCACCGGGGGGAGGGUGUGCUGUACCGGGGACAGGGGACCGGGGCCGCCCGACGGCGCGGGGGGUAGCACCAGCCACGCUCCCAGGGGGCGACGGGUGUCCCUCGGCCCCCGCCCCGGCCGCCUCCCGCCGCCGUCCCGCCGCGCCCGCUGUCGGGAGCCGUCGGGGCCCCGCGGGAGCGGGCGGCGCGUCCCCGUCCCCCGCGCUCUGACGCGCGCUCCCGGGGCGGCGGGCGCGCCCCCGCCGCUAUAACUGGCGUGCAUGGAGUCGGGGCCGGCGCAGAGGAGCGGGCGGGCGAUGGGAGACGCCGCUCCGGCGGGAUAGAGGGGCGGAGACGGGGGGGGCACCCCCGGGGCCCGGCCCGCCCGGGGCUUGCCGCGGGCCCGCACCGAUGCUUGUGCACAGCUACCCGGGCAUGGACCGAGCCGAGGGGCUGCCCGGGGCGCCGGCCGGGGCCCGCCUGCCGCAGCUGCCCUCGCUCAACCAGGCGCCCUAUGGCUCGGCGCCGCCGCUCUGCCACACGCCCGCCGCCGACUUCCAGCCGCCCUACUUCCCCCCGCCGUACCCGCAGCCGCCGUUGCCCUACCCGCAGGGCCAGGAGCCCGCUUACCCUCACCUGGCGGACCCGUACGCGGCGCUCAGCCCUCUGCACCAGCACCAGCAGCCGGCCUGGCCCCCGCAGCGCGGCCGGCAGGACGAGCCGGGGCUGCUCUCGCAGACCCACCGCGCCCUGGGGCUCGACCCUCGCCGCGAGUACCCCGCCGUGCCCCGCCUGCUCCACGGGCUGCCCGACGGCGGCCACGGCCUCGCCGACGGCCCGCUGGGCCUCCACGGCCUCGGCCACCACGGCCUCGAGGACAUCCAGGCCGUGGACGACGGCGGGAUGAACCUGCUCGAUCAGUCCGUGAUCAAGAAAGGCUGGCUCAGGUGCUCCGAUCACCUGCUGCUUGCGGGAACAGGAAAGCAGCAACUGAAGAUCGAGGGGGACUUUUGGUUUACUCAGAUGACAAGAGACAAUUUUGGUUCCCCAAAAGCCAAGGAAACAAAGCUGUCAGGCUUUAAUGGUAGCUUGUCUCCCUCCUGCAGCAUGUUUAUGGGCAAACAAGCUGCAGAUCAGACCAGGCAAACAGCAGCAGUGCCCAUCCCCUCGAAGGCCAAUGGCACCACCAUCUCCACGCUGUCCAUGAACAAGGACGGCCUGAUCGGAGGGGUCACGAAUCCCAACGAGGUGUUCUGCUCCGUGCCCGGCCGCCUGUCUCUCCUCAGCUCCACCUCCAAGUACAAGGUGACGGUCGGGGAGGUGCAGAGGAGGCUCUCGCCCCCCGAGUGUCUCAACGCCUCUCUCCUCGGCGGGGUCCUCCGCAGAGCCAAAUCAAAAAAUGGGGGUCGGUGUUUAAGGGAAAGGUUAGAGAAAAUUGGACUAAAUCUACCUGCAGGAAGGCGCAAAGCUGCCAACGUCACCCUGCUCACAUCCCUUGUGGAAGGUGAAGCCAUUCACCUGGCUCGGGACUUCGGCUACGUCUGCGAAACCGAGUUCCCGGCCAAGGCGGCAGCAGAGUACCUGUGCCGGCAGCACUCCGACCCCGCGGAGCUCCACACCAGGAAAAACAUGCUGCUGGCUACCAAGCAAAUUUGCAAGGAGUUUGCAGACCUGAUAGCCCAGGAUCGCUCUCCGCUGGGGAACAGCCGCCCCUCGCUCAUCCUGGAGCCCGGAGUGCAGAGCUGUUUGACUCAUUUCAGCCUGAUAACCCACGGCUUCGGGGGCCCGGCCAUCUGCGCUGCCCUCACCGCCUUCCAGAACUACCUGGUGGAGUCCCUCAAGGGGCUGGAUAAAAUAUUCAUGAACAGCACGGGCAACGGGCACACGACCGGGGACUCCAAAGCGUCAGACAAGGAGGUGAAGCAUCGGAAAUAGCGGCGCUGCCUCCCCCGGGGGAGCUGCCCCCGGGCACCAGCGGUGGCUCCAGGGGCAAGGAUGACCCCAGCACUGUUUUCUGAACUGUUGAGCUCCAACGUGUGGGGGAACUCGUGAAGCAAACAAAGAAAAGACAGGAAAACAAGAAGAGUUGAAGAAUUUAAACAGAAAACAGUGCUAAUGAACGUAGUGAGAUUGAG